CGAAUGAAAAGCAUCAGCCGCGCAAUUGAUCAAGUUAAUAACUCGGAACACAGCCCAAAGACAUAUUAUUAGCGAGUGGUACUGUAUCCGCCUUAUCACCCCUCUGCUACCCAAUCUCUCCAGGGAUCCAUGGAUGUUCGGUGUCCACGAGGUCUGCACACAGGUAGCAGGGUAGCAAGUAAGGCGCUGAACAUCCACUACGGCCCAUCCAUGGCAGCGGGUUCAGCACGGGCACCCACCUAGACACAGGCAGAACGGGAUAGCUCAAUUAGCUUGCGCCGUGUCCCGUCCCGUCCGAUCGGUGCCCUCCAUUGCUUCUAUAGGUGGCUCAAAGAAGUACCUUGCUCUGGUGUACUGCCCCGAUUUCGAUAGGUGACCUACAGGACUUGACUUACCUCACCUACCUACCUUAGCUGGCAUUGGACUCUAUCUCUCUCAUCUGCCUCCCAUAACUUCCGCCUGUUCCAUUCUCUCCGACCUCAACACUCGCUGUGCGCGAUUACCUCCCCCGAACUCCCUCCUCAUCUGCCGUCCGCAACGACAAUCGCAAUCGCAGUAUGAGGAACUUCCUCGGCAAGCACAGCAACCGGUCAUCGCAUGCGCUCGGUGAGCCGCGAAACUCGUCCAAGACGCCUGCGGCUUCAACCCCGACGAACAACAGCCAGACUCCGACAGGCGGUAGUGCUGCGACACCUCAAGCGGCAGGCCACCAGCGUCAACCAAGCCACCAGGCUCAGCAGCUCCAACAACAGCAGCAGAUCCAGCAGGAUCAACACUAUCAAGUUCAGCAGCACCAGCAACUCCUUGACGAGGCAGACUCAGCCUCCCACGGCGCCCACUUCGGCCAGUCGCACUCGGUCGGUGCCAAUGCCAACGCUGCCAGUGCUAAUGCGAGCGCCAACAAUCCUUCCAGCAUAAACCCCCAUUCAGCCUUGUCCUCGUCCCAUAAUACCGCCUUCAGCUCGAGCGAGUCCUUUGAUUCACAACAGCCGCCUCCCCCCUCUCACUACCUGCAGAAUCAACAGCCGCCGUUACAUCUCCAACAUCCCCAGCAGCAGCCUCAAGGUUCUCUACCGUUACUGCCCUCCCCCUCCUCCGCUUCCGCUGGGGCCCCUCCCCCGCCGCAUCCCUAUAGCUCGCCUUCAGCCGCCAGUAGCACAACCGGUGCUAACAUUAAUCAACAUCCUCCUUCAUUACAGCAGCAGCAGAGUUCCAACCUUUCUAACGUCGCAUUUGAUCCUCAUCAGCAGCAGAGCGAAUUUAACGACGCGGGCCUGGGCCGUUCGCAGAGUAUCCGUUAUAGCGCUGCCACGCCUUACAACCUCCAGACCUCAUCCGUAGAGGACCUGAACCAUUACGGCCAAAUUCCACCCCAGCAGCUACAACAGCAGCAGCAGCAGCAAGCACAGGUACAAGCACAACAGCAAACAGCUCCUGCUGAGAAGCGCUCGACUCGAAAAUUGAUUAAGGGCAUAUUUUCUGGGUCCAAUCGUGGGGCGUCUGACGGCCAGCACCACCAUAGCAUAAGCAUCGGCCACAAUAACAACCAAUCCUACGAUAAUACUGGCGGCCUUGCACGUCGGCCUUCCAAGCGGGUCCAGCAGGUCCCUGAGGGUCAACGUUCCCCCUUACCCCAGCUUUCGUCUCGCCAAGGUCUCGACGAUAUCAAUGAACACUAUACCGCGCAUCAAUCUAACAAGCCAUCACCUUCACAGACUUCACGAAUUUCGCUCCACAACACCAUUCGCCAAGUUUCUGGUGAAGUAGACCAACAGCAACAUCAGCAGCAGCAACAGCCUUACGAGGACGCCGCCUAUCACCAGAACCAGAGCCAGGCCCCGCUACAGCAGCAGCAGCAGCAGCACCAACAGCAGCCGCAAACCCACAUUCAGGUACAUACGGAGGACCAACAACCACAAAGCGGUUACGAGACGAACGUGUACGACCAGCAACAAUCACCUCUCAACCCACCACAGCAUUCGCCUUCGCAACAGCCUUAUCAAUUCUCAAACGCUCAGCAGCAAGGCAACUAUCACCAGGGUGGUAAUCAAGGUGGAGAUCUACGAUCAGCUCCCGCACACUUGGGCCCCAGCGCACAGUUUCAGAACCCUGAAACAGUCUCUCAGUUCUCGCAUGAAUCGCCUAUCGCCGACUCGGACCAGCGUUCGGCCAAACUGCAAUCAGCAACCAACUCUCCCGCUGUGAACCACGCCCUGUAUAUACAGAAUCAAGGUUCAACCCCGAGCCUUCCUCCUGCUCAACAAACAACUACCCAACCGCAGCAACCCGGUAUGGCACCACCGACCGGAGGACCUCCAUCCGCGCGCCGUCCUGACUCCGAUAAAUUGCGUGGGCAGGCCGAUGUCCCCGGUGGCCCGCCCCCCACUUACCGUCCCGCCAACUCUAUGAACAACAUGAACCCGCUGCCUCCCGUGCCGCCACAGUCGGCUGGCCAGUCACCGGCCUACCGUGGCGAUCGCCCAUCUCCGUAUGAGGGUCAAACCGUGGAUCAAGGAAGGGACAGCCCCCAGCCAGUAUCUGCAGUCCCCGCUGAGGCUGGCGAGAAUGACAAGUCUUUCAAGGACCUGUUAACUAAAUACAAGAACGUCAAGAGACUCUACUUUGAUGGCAAGGGACAGAUUGAGGCGCUCAAUGGUCAAAUCGUGCACCUCCAGAAUGCAGUCGCCAACCAGCGCAUGUCGCAAUCGCGUACCGCUCUCGAUGACAGUGAAUAUUCGACACGAUUCAACCGACUCAAUGGUGCCAUUAACAACCUUUCGUUCAACAUUCGAAAAGAUUGGCGGUGCGUGCCGCAAUGGCUUGACAAGUAUGUCAGCACAGAAGCACUCAAGACGGGAAAGGCUGAGAUGACAGCUAUUGGACGCGCUGUCAUCUCACGUUGGAUCAUGGAGGAGGUGUUCAACAAGUGUUUUCACCCUGGACUGGAUGCGCAGCUGAGCCAAUCUCUCAAGGAGAUUGAGCUGGGCAUUCGAAGCAACACGCAUACUUUGACUAGUCAGGAAGAGUUCGACGCCCUGACGAACAAGAUUGUGAGCUGGCGGAUGACAUCAUUGGACGGCUUGCACCGACAGCUUAACUCACCAGCUGCGAACGAUAAUCGCAAUGCAUUUAUCGCCAAGUCAACGGCAUCCCUGACAAGCUGCCUUUACCAGUUCCUUUGCAACCCGCCACCACCUGGCGUGGAUGGUAGCGCAUCGAUGAUCGUGGAGCUUGCGGUGGGCAUUGCAGCCAACCUCCCCCUGGAGAGUCGGGAUGUGGCCAUUACCUACCCGUUACCUGGAGAGAUCGUCCAGCCGCAUGUAAUGGAAGUUGAAAAAGCGGCCUUGCCAGUCUUGGAGGCUCAGAAGGGAGAGGGAGAGGGCGACGACAAGGACGGCGACGAUGAAAAGAGCGGCAAAGCUAAGACUGGUACGUUGAAUAAUGCAGCCCCGCCCGAGAGCGGGGAGGGUAACGAUGCUUCAAAGAGCGCAAGGAAGGAUGCUGACAAGGACACUUUUGUAGCGGCCCUGCCGAAGGACUCGAACAGGGUGCGAUUCGCAGGAUUUAUGGCGUUGGAAGUACGAGGAAGACAAGUUCUGAUGAAGGCGCCUGUCUGGACUUUGUGAGGACAAGUAUUUUGAGUAUUGAUAACUCUAUUACGAUGAAGCUCAGGGAAGCGAGAAAUGAGCGCCAUGCGUUGGGUGAAUGGCGAGGCGACAGUAGAUAUCCGGAGAGAGAAUGAGGGCCCGAGAGUUGACUGGGAGGUCAUAAGGGUUUGUGGCAACAUGACCCGAACAGGGCAAGAUGGGACAAAGGAUCACGAACGGCAUGAUGAUGGUUUUAUAUAUAUAUAUAUAUAUAUAUAUAUUUUUAGGGAUACUGGAUGUGGACCCUUAUUUUGUUCUGUGUAAAUACAUGUUACCAUGAGACGAGCAGUUCAUGAUGCGACAAGGAUUUCCUUUUGGCAUCUGGCUGCAUAUACAAAUUAAGCUUAGAGUCAUGAAAAGGCUCCGAAUCACGUUAUUUGAGUA